AUGCUGCGCCUCGGCGCCCGGCCGGCGCUCGCGGCCGUCGCCGGCUUCGCGUGCUACGGCGACCGGCCGCGCUGCCUGCGCAUCGAGGAGGACGUGAAGCUCGACUUCAAGGACGUGCUCAUCCGGCCGAAGCGGUCGACGCUCCGGAGCCGGUCCGAGGUCACGCUCGAGCGCGAGCUCAAGUUCAAGCACAGCGGCCGGUCGCUGGCGUGCGUGCCCGUCGUCGUCGCGAACAUGGACACCGUCGGCACCUUCGACAUGUGCGUCGCGCUCGCGCGGCACGGGUGCCUCGUCGCGGUCCACAAGCACUACGCCGUAGAGGACUGGGAGCGCUUCGCGCGCGACCACCCCGGCGCGCUCGCCCACGCGGCCGUGUCCUGCGGCACGUCGGCCCGGGACGCGGCGAAGCUCGACGCGAUCCUCGCCGCCGUGCCGGGCUGCACGACGAUCUGCAUCGACGUCGCCAACGGCUACAGCGAGGCCUUCGUCGACGCCGUCCGCGACGUCCGGCGGCGCUGGCCGAGCCACACGCUCAUCGCCGGGAACGUGGUGACGAACGAGAUGACCGAGGAGCUCAUCCUCAACGGCGCGGACGUCGUCAAGGUCGGCAUCGGGCCGGGCUCCGUGUGCACGACGCGCAAGCAGACGGGCGUCGGCUACCCGCAGGUCUCCGCGAUCGUCGAGUGCGCGGACGCGGCCCACGGCCUCGGCGGCCACAUCGUCGCCGACGGCGGCGUGACCUGCCCCGGCGACGCGGCCAAGGCCUUCGGCGCCGGCGCGGACCUCAUCAUGAUGGGCGGCCUCUUCAGCGGCACGGACGAGUCGGCCGGCGAAGUGCUCGUCAAGCCCGACGGGUCGCGCGUCAAGCUCUUCUACGGCAUGUCCUCCGGCGUCGCCAUGCACAAGCACGCGGGCGGCGUCGCCGAGUACCGGUCCUCCGAGGGCAAGGCCGUCGAGGUCCCGGCCAAGGGGCCCGUGGACGCCGUCAUGCUCGACCUCCUCGGCGGGAUCCGGUCCACGUGCACCUACGUCGGCGCGGCGACGCUCAAGGAGCUCCCGAAGCGGACGACGUUCGUCCGCGUGUCCCAGCAGCUCAACACGGUCUUCGGCACCCACGACCUGUCGAAGAAGUGA